UGUUAAGAAGGAGGGAGUAGCCCUUGUUUGUGAGAAAGGAAUGGAGGGGGUGACACUGAGGGAGGAGCCAGGGAUGGAGGUGGGGAGUCCUUUGGCUGAAAGCAGUGAGAGGGGGGUGGGGACUCAAGAGGAGGAGGGAGGGGUCAGGCAGCAGGAGGGACUCGGGAGUGAGGGCCUGGUGCCAGAGGGGGUAACUGAGACGGAGGGGCAGCAGCCGGAGGGAGAGGCCGAGGCUCCUGGCUCUGACCCAGGGGCAGAGUCUGCAGAGACCAGCGCUGGCGAGCAGCGCCAUGCCGCGUCCAGCACAGUGCUGGACCUGGGCGCUCUCCUCUCAGAGACUAACAUGGAGACCUGGGGAGGCUUUGCACAGCCCCUGCACCCUGGCUGGCAUUUCCCCACAGGACCCGGGCUUAGCGAUGUGGUGCACUGCCCAUCUUGGCAGUUCCCUGCCAUGAGCUAUUACCCUCUGCAGGAGGUGGUGCCCUUUGAAGUGGUGUGGAGGGUGUGGGAGAGCCUGCCUGGAGCCGGCUCUGAGCCGGAGCCUCACCAGGGUCAUGACCUGUUCGAAUUCUCAGUCAUGUCCUACAACAUCCUCGCCCAAGACCUGCUGGAGGCCAACAUGGACCUGUACCGCCACUGCGCCCCGGAGGUGCUGGCCUGGGAGUUCCGCUUCCAGAACAUUCUCGGAGAGUUCCAGAAGUGGGAUCCCGAUAUCCUGUGCCUUCAGGAAGUCCAGGAGAACCAUUAUACCGAGCAGCUCCGCCCUGCCCUCUCGGACCUGGGGUAUGCCUGUGUGUACAUGCGGCGCACCGGCGCUAAGACAGACGGAUGUGCAAUCUGUUACCGCCAGAGCCGCUUCUCCCAGGUGUCAUGCAGGCUUGUGGAGUUCUACAGACCCCAGGUGGAGAUGCUGCACCGCAACAACGUGGGCGUGGUGCUGCUCCUUCAGCCCAUCACCCUCCAGGGGUCAGAGGUCAGGGUGCAGGGGCCUCCGCUCUGCGUGGCCAACACCCACCUCCUGUUCAACCCUAGGAGAGGCGAUGUGAAGCUAGCCCAGCUGGCAAUACUGUUUGCCGAAAUCGACAACGUGGUGAAGAGCUGGAGGCUGAAGGGGACCUGCUGCCCCAUCAUCCUCUGCGGGGACUUCAAUUCAGUCCCUAACAUGCCGCUGUAUCAGUUCAUCACUACCGGGCAGCUGUACUACCAUGGGCUGCCUGCAUGGAUGAUAUCGGGCCAGGAGGACUUGUCCUACAAAACCUACCACCGGAGGCUGUUCGCCCCCUUGUGGCCAAGCUCUCUCGGCAUCAGUGACAGCUGUCAGUUUGUGUCAGGCUGUGCAAGAGAGGGAAAAGAAUCAGGGAGCCUCCAUUACGAUCGCGACUUUCUCCUUCAGCUGCGUUUCUGUGAGGCUGCUCUGAUCCGCCCCGAGACCCUGGAGCUGAUACCAGGCGUGACAGAUGCUACUCCAGACCCCUUGGAAAAACAGCCAUGCAUCCCAAGGUUUAGGGGCACUAUUCGCCAUACCUUAAAACUUCGGUCGGCCUACAGCCACUUCAUCAGCGGCACCAACAAGCCCGAGGUGACCACCCUGCACUCUGAGUUUGGGGCGACAGUGGACUACAUUUUCUACUCCGCCGGGCCUGGCGACUGUGGCCAAUGUGGAGGAGGUGGACACCAGCAGGAUGGGGGUCUAAAGCUCAUUGGCCGCCUUGCCCUCCUAUCAGAGGAGGAUCUUUGGCCAAUGAAAGGACUGCCCAAUGAGAUCUUCUCAUCGGACCAUCUCUGUCUCCUGGCAAAGUUCCAGCUUGAUCCGGGUCAUGCAUGAGGGCCACCCGGGUGUGCGGUCAUUUGGAAGGAGAUGAGUGAGAAACCUUUCUCAUUCAGGUUUUAAGAUUUUCCUCUUUAAACACUUAACAAAUGGGCCUUGGUCCAGCUGAAAAGCAAAAAGCUGCUUGCAGACCACUGUGCUGGUGUAUGGAAAAGAGACUUUUUCAUUUACACAAAGAAUACGGAGUGUUGCCUUGAGUGUGCUCUGAAUUAUUGUAUUCAGUUUUUUUAUUUAUGAACAAAGGCCAGUUGACCAGAGGUAGAGUAUUAUCAAAGAUUUUUUCUUUGCAUGUGUCAACAAAAAACAUCCAAAACUGCUUCAGCCUGUAGUUCUGUAGUUAUCACUUUUAUUUCAACUGUGUUCUUGCCGUGGAGAUUUCAAGGCAGAGUUCAAGGAGUCUGGCAGACCUCCAGGAUACUAUUAAAUUUCACACACAACAGAAACUGCAGGUUUAUUUUGUACUUGAACUGUGGAGGUUUUGGAAGUUGCUUUUCUCUGGGAUGUCUGAAGGUGAGAGGGGUGAAGGGAGAGCGAACAGAAAUAUAACACAGAAAGAGGGAAGACAGAAAGCCUGUAUUCUGCAGUGGAGUAGAAUCAACAUCUUUGAAGUAUUUACUAACAGCAGAACCAAACUGUGAACUGGCAACACAUACCUCAGUGUUAAUUUCCGUUCCAUUGAAUUUCCCUUUGCCUUUCUCGCUGAUUUUUGAGGCUUUCAUUUUACAGGUGGCAGAAAACUC